AAAAAUGAAGAAAAGUCAUGUAUCCAGCGCUCUAAAGGUGUUGAAGAUGCUCGUAGUGACCACGAAAUGGCAUGUCUCGAAGAGCAAGAAGAACUUUCUUCACUUAAGAAACAUGUUAGGCAAAGAAAACUUGAUGGACUAGGACAUAAGUUUGCAGAAACUCGCCCUACCAUCCCUAAGCAGUACGUUUAA